AUGGCACUUCAGGCCAACUGGCACAAUUAUCGGCCGAUGUUGAUUAUUCAAAAUGGCAACAAAAAAAGCAAAAAACCGGCCGAUAUAUCAGAGGAGCGAACCAUCCGUGAUCGGAACCUCUUGGAGGCGAGGGACUCGGAUCAUCACAUCCAGUGGAAGGUCAAGUUCAACCUGGGCAACAGCAGCAGACAGAUCUCACAGUGCAGAAACUCCAUUCAGGGAAAGAGCUUCCUCACUGAUGAACUGGGUUAUGUGUGUGAGAGGAAGGAUUUGUUGGUAAAUGGAUGUUGUAAUGUCAAUGCUCCCAGCUCAAGUCAGUAUGUCUGUAAAAGCUGUCUGGCCAGUGGCUGCUGCAGUGUCUACGAGUUCUGCGUCUCCUGCUGCCUCCAGCCUGAUAAGCUUAUCGUGGCCCAUUCGGCCCGUUUCGCAGCAAGCCCACCGGCCCGCCCGGUUCUCCCUAUGGCCGGUCCGCCCCGAUUGGCUCCAAAGUGCGUCAGCCCACCGGGAAAAUUCCCGCAACCUCUUCUGGAGCGAUUUUUAAAUCGAGCUGCAGAAGGGUUCCAGAAUCUCUUCACUGCAGUGGAAGAUCAUUUUGAGUUGUGUCUGGCUAAAUGUCGCACUUCUUCACAGAGUGUUCAGCAUGAAAACACAUACAGGAACCCCCAGGCGAAGUAUUGCUACGGUGAGAGUCCACCAGAACUACUGCCUGGGUGA